AUGCCAACGAUAACUCCCGCAACUCCCUCAUCUUUCCUACGACCUGCCGUUCAGUCUUCAGUUAUUACACCGGAUCCUACACCCCCUUCUACCUCUACUUCUACUAGCAAUACCAAUCAAUCGGGUCGGAGGACGAUGGAUGUGGUGGAAGAAGAACAGAAGGCUGGCUUGAAGGCCAUUCGAAAUUUCUUGAGGCUGAGGACCAGUUAUGAUGUCUUGCCUGUUUCGUUCAGGUUGAUAGUCCUGGAUACCACACUACUUGUGAAGCAGAGCUUGGCGAUACUCGUUCAGAAUGGCAUUGUUUCAGCACCUCUUUGGGACUCGACACAGUCCAAGUUCGCUGGCCUCCUCACAUCGACCGAUUUCAUCAAUGUCAUACAAUAUUACUUUCAGUUCCCUGAUGAUCUAAAGGAGAUUGACAAAUUCAGACUGAAUAGCUUGCGAGAGGUCGAACGCCGAAUCGGUGUCGCGCCGCCCGAGACCUCCUACAUCGACCCAAUGAAACCUCUCUACGAUGCCUGCCGCCAAAUGCUUCGCUCUCGUGCUCGCAGAAUACCUCUUAUCGAUGUUGACGACGAAACCGGUCAAGAGAUGGUUGUCAAUGUGGUCACACAAUACCGUAUUCUACGAUUCGUGGCUAUCAAUGUCAAGGGUGUGCAGGCGCUUCGCAAGCCUCUCAGGGACCUUAAAAUUGGAUGUUAUGAUAAUUUGGCGACGGCAACUAUGGAUACACCGGUGCUGGACGUGAUUCAUCUGCUGGUCAAAAAGGACAUUGCUAGUGUGCCUAUUGUUAAUCCUGAUGGGGUUGUUCUGAACUGCUAUGAGGCUGUAGACAUCCUGACUCUCAUUAAGGGUGGGAUUUAUGAUGAGCUAAGCCUCACUGUUGGGGAAUCCCUCUUGAAGAGGCCUGAUGACUUCGCUGGAAUACAUACCUGCACGCUGCAAGACCGUCUUGACACAAUCUUUGACACGAUUAGAAACUCACGAGUUCAUCGAUUUGUGGUAGUGGAUGAGAAGAAACGAUUGGUAGGGAUUUUGACACUGAGUGAUAUUUUGAGGUAUAUCUUGCUGGAAGGGAAUGAUGCAGGCGAAGGGUCGUAA